AUCUCGACGAUAUUGUGUAAUUGGCCGGACUCAAAAUACCAGAAAUUCGGCGUGAAAUUACCAACUCCUCUCACUACUCUUCUAUCCGCCAUUAAGCCACCAUUCGGCGCUAAUUCCUGCAUCCCUACGCCUCGCUUUCUCCAUAAAAUACAAAAAGAAGCGCACCAAAUCUGAAGAAAAUAUGGUUGUUCUUCUGCUCUACAGUUCUGUUGGAUCUGCGUCACUCGAUUCUCUGAUUGUUGGUUCGCCGGCGGCGAGAGAGAAAUUUGGGAUGAUGUAGGGUUAGGGGUUCGAAAGAUCUUACCGAUCCUGUGAAGAAACGGAAGAAAUGCCCGAUUUAAGGCACAAGAGAGAGGGCGCCGACUUCGAUUUCGUUGUCCGCGGUAGCUUGGAUGGAUGCGUUAGCAGCUGCAGUUCGACACGCGGAGGUGCCGAUUUGGAAGAUGAUGAUCUGGUUGAAGAUGAUGCGCCUGACUUGGUCGCUCGACGGCGGCGGCGUUCCGCCCUAGAGGGUGAUGACAUCGCUGAAUCGUCUGCUGCUGCGCGACGGCACUCACGGAUCUUGAGCAGAUGGGUUGCACGUCACGCAGAGGAAAUGAUUACUAAUAUCGAGCGACGGAACCGAGAGUCGGAGCUUAUGGCGCUUGCCGGAUUACACACGGUUUCUACCUUGGAUUCGUCUUUUCUUAGGGAGUCCCGGCGAUCGCCGUCGAUUGUGGAGCAGCCGGUUGCUGCGAGGGCUUCGGCGAUACUGCAGAUGUGGCGGGAGCUGGAGGAUAUGUCUGGUGCGAGGGAGAGGAGGAGUGGUGCUGUUGGAGAUAGGAUUAGGUCGGAAAGAAGAGGGGCCACUGAGAGCAAUGAUAACGGCUAUAGACAGUGGGAUCGGGGAUCACUGGGACCGAGUAACGGAGAUGAUAAUAUCGAUGAUGAUGCUGAUAGAAGCUCUAGCAGGGAGCAGUCUCCGGAUCUCGGAGAUGGUGAGAGGGAGAGGGUGAGGCAGAUAGUUCGGGGUUGGAUGGCUGAGGAAAGGAUGAGGGAGUCAUCGGCUCCGGACAUAUCCCCAAGGAAUGAGAGCCCGAGAUCAGAAUGGCUAGGUGAGAAUGAAAGGGAAAGGGUGAGGUUGGUGAGGGAGUGGGUCCAGAUGUCCAGCCAACAAAGAGAUGCUCGGGCAAGCAGGAGGGAGGGGCCUGAUCCGAAUCAUAAUCGUGAUGGUUUUGCGAUAGAUCAUCAUAAUGGGCAGGCGGAGCAUGUGAGGAGGGCCUUCCUAAGGAUACGGGGAAGGCAGGCUCGCCUUGACGUAAUCACGAGGAUGGCCAGGGAGAGGCAGCGGGAGCUUCAAGGAUUAUCGGAGGCGAGAGCUGUUUCAGGUUUUGCUCACCGAAGUAGGAUUCAGUCAUUACUCAGAGGAAGAUUCUUAAGAAAUGGAAGCACCGAGGAUGGGAGAUCAAUCUCUGUUGCAGCAAGAGAGUUAGGCCAACUAAGACAAGGGCAUCCAGUCUCUGGCUUAAGGGGUGGAUUUCACUUCAGGUCACAGGGCAUUGAUGUUGGCCAGCGUAAUCGUCAAGUUGACACUAUUUCUAGUCCUAGUAUUAGUGAUUCCAGGAGCGAUCAAUUACAUUCAACCAAUGCAGGGGAGCCAUCAAAUUAUGACCAUAAUCAAUCUGAAUCUAGAACUGAGACUGAGACCAGUGAAAACCAAGUGUCAGAUAUACCUCAGUUAGAAAGCAAUAGACCUGUUGAUGACAUGGAGUGGCAAGAAUCUGCUAAUCAAGCUGAAAUUUGGCCUGAAGAAUCUUUAGAGCAUGGUAGAAGGGAAUGGCAGCAGUCUACAGAAGGCGACUUGAGCGAGUGGCAUGAUGAGGCCGAAGAAGAAUCUGAUAGUAACUGGCAUGAAAAUACAGACCAGGACUGGUUUAACAGAGCACCUGAAGAUGCUGCAGAUGGUCAUAUCCCAGAGUCAGAUGAUUGGCAUGAUAAUGAUUCACAGGUGACUGUGGAGAACUGGCUAGAUGAACCUUCUCAUCCUUCAAGAAAUCAAUUUGAUAUUCCCAUUAGUAGAGUUAAUAGAUUUAUUCAAUCUGAUGAUGAAAAUGUUUACAGUAUGGAACUUAGAGAACUCUUAAGCAGGAGAAGCGUUUCAAAUCUUCUCCAUAGCGGGUUUCGGGAGAGUUUGGACCGGUUGAUACGGUCAUAUGUCCAACGACAAGGUCGUGCUCCACUUGACUGGGAUUUACAUCGAACUUCAACUCCUGAAUCUCCGGAAGACAUGGAUCAACAAAGGGAAGAUAUGGACCAGCAGAGAGAUGAUCGUAGAGAUGACCGAGAGGAUAAUGCUGUUAGGCCUCCUGUUGUCAUACCAUCUCCACCUGUGCCACCACGACAGCCGCUUUGGCAUUCUGUACUCUAUCGUAACAGCUGGAAUAGACGGAACAUGCAUCGAACUGAUAUUGAAUGGGAUGCCAUCAAUGAUAUAAGAGCUGAAUUGGUAAGACUUCAGCAAGGAAUGAGUAAUAUGCAGAGAAUGCUUGAGGCUUGCAUGGAUAUGCAGUUGGAGCUACAGCGUUCAGUUAGACAGGAGGUUUCUGCAGCUUUAAAUCGCUCUCAAGGGGGAGAAGGUUUGUGCGAAGAUUGGGCGGCAGAUGGAUCCAAAUGGACUAACGUGAAGAAUGGGACGUGCUGUAUUUGUUGCGAUGUUCACAUUGACUCGCUUUUGUACAGAUGCGGGCACAUGUGCACCUGUUCCAAAUGCGCCAAUGAGCUGGUUCGAAAUGGAGGUAAAUGUCCUCUUUGCCGUGCACCGAUUAUUGAAGUGAUUCGAGCGUAUUCCAUACUGUAACAUAAAUUCAUAGAAAAUUGAUUUUUAAAGGUUAAAAAAAGAAGGAAGAGGGUAUAUAAGCAAAAAAAAAAAAAAAAUAAGUUGUUUUGGGUGGUGUUUGAGAUUUUUGUCUACAGGAAGAGUUGGCUUAUAGUUCUUCUGGGCUGUA